UGUGAGAGCUGUGAUUGGUCACAGCUUGUCACAUGGUACAAGGCUGUUGUGAAUAGCCUUGUACCAUAUUUCACACGUAGUAAGCAAUGAUAUCACAAGUGACAUCUUGCUUACUACUAUGCGUGUGAUCACUGAUUGGCCAAUCAGUUAUCACAUGAUUGGGACCUCACACAGAGGUCCCAUACAGCGAGCGGUGCCACGCGGUCUCAGGGAGCAUGCACAGGCUAAAAUGUCGGGCGCCGUUUAUGAAUGGCAACCCGCUCCUGCACUGCUCCUGUCAGGCUGUUAAUAUACAUGGGCCGGACAGGAAGUGGUUAA